AUGAAGAAAACGGCUACCAAGUCACUCCAAGGGGCAACACGGUCGUCCAUGUUGCAGCCCUCUAUGGCCACUCCCAUUUCGUGGCAGCAGUCCUUAAGAUUACGCCAGAAUUGUUAUGCUGUCAAAACAAGAAAAAUGAAACCGCUCCACAUAGCAGCUAACGAAGGCCACGCUGAAGUAGUACGUGUGCUACUUGCAUGUAUAGAAGAUCAUAAUACUAACGAGAAACUCACGAGGAUGACAGAUGCUAGUGGAGAUACAGCGCUGCACAAGGCCGUGCGGAGCCAACAUCUAGAUGUGGUUAAGCUCUUGGCGAAAGAAGAUUCUGAAUUUGAAUUUCCGCCCAACCAUGCGCAGGAGACACCACUGUAUCUGGACGCUGAAUCAGGUUUUCGUGAUGCUUUGAUUAUCAUCUUGGAAUCCUGCAAGAAACAAACUUAUGAUGCAGGUCCUUCUAAUAGAACGCCGCUGCAUGCAGCAGUAAUUCAGGAACAUGAAGCUACAUAA